AUGAUUAUUUUUGAAAGCAGUAAUGGCUAUUGCUAGGUCACCUAUUUCUACCGCAUUUCGCGGUUUGGGUUUUGUUCUUCGGAAGUCAUAUCGUCCAUGGCCGGCUAUAUUUUGGGGUACUAGCUUGUUUGCUCUGAACGUCUCUGGUUAUUUUUUCUUCAACUCUGGUUACUUCGGUACGUCAGGCUCUAGGGAACGUUAAUUAAAAUCGCAACUUGAACUUAAUGUUAUUUACUUAUUUUGUU